AUGGAAACGGUCGUUGGUUUGGCGCGUCAGCCCCAACUGGUUUCAAACAGCUGCGGCCAUGCUCUUUCCUUGAGCGAUGGGCGGGUCUUCACGAGGGACGAGGAUCCCUCCAGAGUUGAAAGCUGCCUGCGACCUCCGGUGCCGGAUCCAGGUAGAUACGUGAUUCCUGGCCACCUCUGCGACGUCCGGAAGCUAGUGGCCAACAAUGCAGCCUUCGCAGCGUUAAAAGGGGAUGGCACCGUGCAAAGCUGGGGUGACAGCACUGCCGGAGGAGACAGCGAGGGAGUUCAAGCCAAGCUGAAGAAUGUCAAAGAGCUCCACCCAACCUGGCUCGCAUUUGCUGCCCUUCGGGAGGACGGAGUCAUGGUCUGCUGGGGAUCUCCCCACUUCGGCGGAGAUGCUUCUGCAGUUCAAGAGCAGCUGACGGGCGUGCGCCAGAUCUGUGCUGCCAGUCGCGCCUUCGGGGCCAUCCGGCAGGAUGGAUCUGUCGUGGCUUGGGGCGACGGUUUCUACGGAGGUGACUGCAGCCAGGUGCAAGAGCAGCUUACCAGUGUGCAGCAGCUGGUUGCCACAGAUUCUGCGUUUGCCGCGCGCCGGGACGACGGCACCGUGGUAACCUGGGGCAAUCAGGGCGGCGACAGCUCGCUGGUUCGCGAGGAGCUUUCUGCAGUGCGACACCUCUACUCCGCGGGCGAUGCCUUCGCGGCCCGUCGCGAGGAUGGCUCCAUUGUGACCUGGGGACAACGUCGCCGUGGAGGUGAUUCCACGCACGUGCAGUCACAGCUGCGCAACGUCCAGGACAUCAAAUCCACAGAAGCCAACUUCGCGGCGAUUUUGGAAGACGGCUCCGUGAUAUCUUGGGGUGAGCUCUGGGUGUUCCGAGAUGACGGCAGUUCCCUGCAACCGCCAUCUGAUUUGAUGGGGGUGAAGGAGCUGGUGGCCAACUUUGGCGCUUAUGCUGCUCUCAAGGAGGACGGCUCAGUGAUCACCUGGGGUGACAGCGCAUUUGGGGCGGACAGCACAGCAGUUCAGUCGCAGCUCCGCGACAUCCGCGCUCUGGUUGCCUCGCAUGCGGCCUUCGCUGCGAUGACCGCCGAGGGCUCCGUGAUCUCUUGGGGAGAUCCCAUCUGCGGCGGAGACUGCUCGAAGAUUCUGGAGGAGCUGGUUGACGUUGUGGAACUACUUGGUUCUGAUUCCGUUUUCGCCGCCAUCCGCUCGAAUGGCUCAGCCAUCGUCUGGGGGGGCGAGAACUGUGAGGCAACCGUACACGAGGGCGGUGAAGAGUCGAGAGAUGAGCCUGUCCGUCCUCCGGAGCGUGGCGAAAGCUCCACUUGGGGCAUCCUCAACCUCGCAAAGAGAAACUCGUGGGAGGAGACGAUCGAGACAAAGUACCUGAAGACCUUGCUCAAGGGUCUUGAAGAUUCGACGCAGGACCUCUACAAGAAAUGGGGCGGAGAUCAGGAAGAUGGAAAGUUUGUGGCAGAGCUGAAAGAGGCCGCCGAUGCAGUUGCCCCAGCACGAGAUUUCGACUUCAGUCAGGGCUUCCACACCGGAAACGGCCUUUUCUUUGACGGCUGGCCCCCGUCCGCCCUCUGCUGUGAGUGGCUACACUGGCGUGUGGAUAUUCUAUGGGCAGUAGGCUCCUGUGGACCAUUCCUCGGCAAGGCGAACCUGGCUGGCACAGAAGGAAGCGCCACCAGCGUCGCAAGGCGAGAGCUCGCCUACACGCUGGCCGCGGACAAUCACAGGACAUCGAGCUUCUCCGCUCGCAUCACGGUGCAACUUGGGUUCCCUGCGGAGGUGAUCACAGCUCUGCAAUCUCUCCGAGAUCGGGCCACAUCCGACCUGCGGCUCGACGACUAUACGGUUGCAGAGGCGAACUCCCGGGCGAAAGUGGCGCUGGGGCAGGUCUUGGGACUAUGGCUCGACCGGGUAGGCCGCCACCUUGCGGCUGUUCCUCGACAGAUCAACAAUGUGGGUGCACUCGACGCAGCAUCCCAAGGGCUGGUGGCAGGGCAGGCUGCCCUCCUGCGCCAGCAAGCCGCGGAAGCCAUGGGGCCACCGAUCGCGACCAUGGUGGGGAACGAAGUGCUCCGCAUUGCCGCCGAGCUAAGAGCAGCAGCUACAGUGUCGGCAGGCAGCUCUGCCAUCCUACCGAUGUCAGGCGGGCACUUCGGCUUCCCGGACAACACAGGUGCAGGCCCUGCAGACCUCCACGCCACCAUGGACCUAGGCUUUGGUGGGGUUGGAAACCUUGUGGAGGAUGCCCUGAUCGAGCCGACAACACGAUCGCACGUCCCGCCAGGAAACCCCGCAGCUGCAUCGGGGCGCCGGUGGGCUCUGAAGAGGGCGACAGACCCGGCGGCCUCCAGGCCAUCCAAAAGUCCCAGGCGGAGCGAUCCCCUUUCGGACAAUGCUGGCACGGCCGAAGGGUCUGCGACGCCAUGGCCCAGUGCUGCCACAAGUCGAUCGCCGCUGGGCCACAAGCCAACGCCUCUGUCCAGGCCAGGGGAUCUCAAGACCCAGCUGGAUGCAAGCGCCGACCCAUCUAUGCCGAACCCUCCGGAGCCUACUGGAACCCCUGGUGCAGCACCGGUGCCAGUGGAACUGAAGGACUCGGCUCAGGGCGAACUGGACUGGGUGGAGACGCAAAGAUCGUGGCUCCAAUCCUGGAUCGCUGUGGUGCAACGCUUGGCAGCUCAGGGUCGCGACCUGGUAGGGGACGUGCCCCAACCGCCGGACCAAGCAGCCCUUCCGGGGCGUCCAGCCACAGAUGCAGAAAUCUCAAGUUUCCAUGGCAUCGCAGAGGCCAUCUGA